AUGUCAUCCGCCCAUUCUCACCUUCCAAAUAGCCAAGAAGAAGCCGCCUUGGAUAGUGAUCUCUCCUUGAAUCAGCUUGUCCUUGAGCGAAGCCAAACUGCCACCAAGACUGCGGAAGACAUCAAGCAGGAAGAACUGCUCAGACGAGCAGCAGAAAAAAGGAACAAUAACAGCAAUAUUGGUGCUGUUCCGGCACAUGCAGUUGCCAGACGACCAGUUGCCAAUACAAGGAAGAAAGCACCAGCUACUGUUACCAAUAAAGCAGUCGGUACGAAUGCUUCUGAGGCUGACGAUCAAAGGAAGAAAGACGAGCUUGCCCUGCUGAGAGUUGUAGCUGAGCGAUCUGCCGCUGCCAGCAGAGAACAGGCAGAAUUGGCAGAAGGUGCUAGCAAGAGCAACAAUACAGUGGUGGUUGGAGCACAAGCUUUCAAUCCCGGUGAUUAUGUUUCUGAAAAAGGGGAUACCGUCAAUCUCAUGACCAUUGUCGCGCAAAGAAGUGUGGAUGAUGAUGCUACACCCAGCAUGGCACCAACAGAAAAUAAUAUGGCUCCUCCUGAUGCUGGUGGUGAUGCUGUUACACCUAGUCCUGCAUCAAAUCCAGCAGCAGGCAUUGAAUAUGACCACCAAACUGGGCGUCCAAUGACCAAGCACAGCCUACCACCUGGCUCUGUUACUCCCGGUGCUUAUUCAGGAUCACCAGGUGCUAACUAUCAAGCCGUGGAACCAGUGAGAUUGGAUGUGCUGGGAGCAUCUUCUCCGCCAAGGCAGGAGGUUCCAGGACAAAUAGAAGAGGCAGAACUCAAUACUACUGAGACUUUGGAGGAGAAGAAAAGAAAUCCAGUGGUGAUGGGGGCAGCAAUUGCUGUACUGGUGGUAGUUAUCAUUCUGGCCAUUGCCAUUCCACUUGCUGUUGGAGGGGAAAAUGGAGAAUUCCCCAAAAUGGAGAACAACCAAGAAACCAGUAUUGAUAAGGUGCUGCUUCCCAAUGCCCCAAGUUCCACGUGGGAAUCCAUUGUCGAUGAUCAAGAAUCACCCCAAUUUAAAGCCUACACCUGGCUGACUCUUGAUCCCAACCUACAGACGUAUGAAAACUGGCAAAAAGAGCAGAGAUUUGCUUUGGCCACCUUCUACUAUGCCUUCAAUGGUAUGAAAUGGAACAUUCUUCAAACACAAAGAAAAUGGCUUGACUAUGAAAUCAAUGAAUGUGAUUGGGGCGUCUAUUCAGGUUCGCUGUACAUGUACAAUCAUCUGAGUUGUAACAAUAAUGGUAGGGCAACCAGGAUCUCAGGGAAAAAACAAAGUAACUUCCAGGGAGCAAUACCGCCGGAGCUAUCCUUAUUGGAAACCUUGAAAGAGCUGAAUUUUAGGGACUCACAAUUGUCUGGAAUGAUUCCAUCGGAGGUUGGUUUGCUCUUAUCAUUGACUGCCAUUGACUUGGGCUUCAACCAACUGGUCGGAGAGGUCCCAUCUGAGGUGGGGCAGUUAACGGCAUUGACUUCCUUGAACUUGGGUGUCAACCAAUUGGUAGGAGAGAUCCCAUCUGAGGUGGGGCAGUUAAGGGCAUUGACUUCCUUGAACUUGGGCGUCAACCAAUUGGUAGGAGAGGUCCCAUCUGAGGUGGGGCAGUUAACGGCAUUGACUUCCUUGAACUUGGGCGACAGCAACUUGGUAGGAGAGGUCCCAUCUGAGGUGGGGCAGUUGACAGCAUUGCGAUCUCUGGAUCUCCAAAAACAACAACUUUCAGGCAGCCUUCCUACGGAAAUUGGCAUGCUAUCCAGUGUGAAGACAAUGCAGCUGCGUGGCAACCAACUUUCUGGCACCCUCCCAUCCGAGCUGGGGUUGCUGACAGUGUUGCUUUCUCUGGAUCUCUUUGGAAACCAACUCUCAGGCGUCAUUCCUUCCGAGAUUGGCUUGUUGUCUGCAUUGACUCUUUUGAACCUUGCCUCCAACAAAUUUCAGGCAAACUUUCCUACAGAACUUGGCUUGUUGACAGAUUCUGCUGAUUUGUGGGCGGAUUUGUUCUUGCAAGAAGGCACCAUCCCAACUGAGAUAGGAGUGAUGACAGGAAGAACGUCUCUUCACUGGCUGUUCCCUUCAGUGUCAGGUGGCAGUAUACCAUCUGAGAUUGGUUUGAUGACUUCAUUGACUGCCAUUGAAUUUCGUCGCAAGGACUUAUCUGGCAGCCUCCCAUCCGAAAUGGGGUUGCUGACAAGUGUGACCAAAUUGCGGUUGGAUGGCAAUGGGUUUUCUGGCAGCAUUCCUACAGAACUGGGUUUACUGACAAAUGUGACUUCCUUGGUUCUCUGGAAGUUUCCCGAGCAGCUUGUGUUCCAACGUGGGUUUAGGAGUUUACCUUGA